ACUAGACCCCCUUUCCUUUCCUCUUCCUCACCCGAGUCUCCACCUCCCCUCCUCGUCACCGCCGACGCCGGAAUCCCCACCCCACCCCUUCUCGCUCGCUCGCGUGUCGCCGCCGCCGUCGCCGUUCACCUUCUCCCUCAUCGCGCCCCUCCCGCAUCCACCCCGUCCGCAAGCUCUGCUGGCCAUCGGGGUUUCAUCGGUGGAUCUGGAAUUCCAGGCCAGUUCGGCAGCAAUGGAUAAAACACACAAGGAGGAGGCAGUGAAAACCACAUGUCAUGAAGAUACUACCAGUACUGAUGGAUCAAGCAUGGAUGAAUACGAUCCAUGGAAUCCUCCGUAUCCUCCUCCAUGCCCUCCUGCUGUUGAAUAUAGCUUAAGUGACUCUAUCCGUUUAGUAGCUAAGUGGUCACGUGAGAAAGAAGCUGCACUUGGUGCCCUCAGAGCAUCCAGUAUAAUCUUCCCAGAACGCAUCCCUAAGGAGGUGAAUCAUCUCUUCCAUGAUAAAGUGCACCAUUUGGCACCCAUCCUGGAUAAGGAUAGCGUCCGGCGCUUUCUCAGCUAUAUGGAGAGGAAUGGGCAGGGCAUGCGAUGGGGUUCGAUCAUCACCCCAGAGGCUUUGAACCAUAUGAUUUCACAAAAUGCGGUGAAAUGUGUCAAAAUUGUCUUGGAGGGCCAGGCACCUGAGCUUGAUGGGUGCCGAGCCGGUCCCAACUGCAUGAACCAGUAUGGGUACUAUCCCCUCCACCGAGCUGCUGAAUUUUUUUCGGUUGACAUGAUUCAGUUGCUCGUCCGCCACGGCGCGUCCGCCAAUCUACGCACAGCCGGUGCUGAGGUCAUCGAGGGCCUUCUCCCACUCCAUGUUGCAGUCGAGAACACGUGUAUGCAUAAGUAUCUGGAAGACAGUCUGUUUCCUAACCACGAGCAUCGGGAUUACAGUGAGGCAGAUGCCAACUUUAUCUUCAAGCUCAUCCAUCUUCUGUGCCUACCUGAAAUGAAGAUCUUCUUGGAUACGACUCGGCUGAUUGCAAAAUACACAGAUAAUCUAUUGGAUGAGCUGUGGAAUUACAUAAAAGAGGGAAAGCUUGCCGAGACAGCCGUUUUGCUCAUGGCAGCUCAAGAGCAGAUACGCAUGGGAACUUCUCGCAAGAGAAAUGGAGAUAGUAAGCCAGAUGGGCUUGCUAUUAUCUGUGACCGUAUUUGGAACAACAAUAUUGCUUUGCAGUCUGAGAAGGGUCAGCAAGUGGAGGCAAGGAUAAAGCUUAAUAAUAUGGCAUUGAUGCUCGUUCAUGUAAUUUCCAAAGCUGGUGAAGGUCUUGAUUCAUACAUUCAGAAGCAUCUAGAGGUGCCGUAUUUCAUGCAGGUGCCCCAUUUGGAGGUCAUUGAACGUGUCUCGUCGAUUCUCAAGGAUAAUGGUUUUUGUCCUACUAGUGAAUGGACAGAAAUUGGAAACCUCUGCCCCUAUGAGGAUGUGUUGUCCAGUGAGGAUGUACCUAACAAAUCUGGGGAAAGUGACACAAACAGGGAAGCUCUAGAAAUGGAUUAUCUACAGACAGUAGUGAACAAGGCCACAAGAAAGAGAAAACCAAGACGAUGGGAGCUCAAACUCGCCAGGAGAAGCUUCUUCCCAUGGUGGAGAUCAGUGUUAUCUGCCCGGUCUAAAGUCAAGAUCAUCAUCCCCCACAAAUGGGCACGUCCUUCUGAAUGCUUGGAUCUCGAGAUGGCUUGGAAGAAACCUACUCAAGGCUUGGAUGGUGAGACAGCUUCGAAGAAGGAAACCGUCGAGGAUGGGUCUGCUGCUGCAGGUCACGGCGUGAUGGGCCGAUUUCCCAUGGUGGUAUAUAGUAGCAAGCCCGGUGAGCUGUUUACUACAAUACCGCUCACUGAUAUACCCAAAUACAUGAAGCAACAACAGAGAAGGCAAUCCAGAAGGCUGUUUAGUACAGCGGUUAAUUAUCAGCCCAGGAUGGUGAUUGGUACAGGAGUGAAUCCUCAACCCGGAAGAAGGCUGUUUGGUACAGCGGCAUUGAUGCUGCUCAAAGUGUUGAAGAAGGCAUGAGGAGUAGUAUAGAAAGGUCGCGGCGGUGAUGGUUGGGUCAUCAUCUUCCUGCCAUCAAGUUAUCUAUCAUAUCGUCCUGUGCAUGCUUUUGUCUCAAGGUCGGAUGAUUGUUUUGCGCAUGACGUAACCUUGUUCAGAGUCAUGAUGAAGUACUGAUGUCCUAAAUUAAAAUGUGCCAUUCCUGGCAGACCCACGCUAGCUAGUGCAAGGCACCUACCUAAGUACUCCCUCCGUAAACAAAUAUAAGAGCGUUUAGAUAACUACUUUAGUGAUCUAAACACUCUUACAUUUCUUUACAGAGGGAAUACUAUGUAACAAAGACUUGUGUGCUUGUACUGUUUGUAAUGCUGCUGCGGAGUACAUCCCGUGUUUGCUAAUUCUUGAAUUCCUCCAGUCUUGAA